CCCGACUUCUAUAUAACUACACCAUUCCCUUCCUUCUUUUCAAGCAUCGAUCAAAUAGAAAACCAAAAACACAAACCUUCAUAAAAACAAACUCGAUCUCUUCCUCUGAUCUUAUGGCUACUUUAUCAGCUUGGCCAUGGAACAACUUGGGUGCUUACAAGUAUAUGCUAUAUGGACCAUUUCUUGCAAAUGUUGUCUACUCUAGAAUCCAACAAGGUUCUAUACAAUGGGAAAGUUGGUGUCUUCAUCUUCUAAUCAUAUGCGCCUUACGAUGUGAAGUGUACAAUCGAUUCACAUGUUUCAGCAACAUGUUAUUCUUGACUCGUAACCGUCGGAUUAACCAAAAAGGAGUCGACUUCAAACUGGUUGACAAAGAAUGGGACUGGGAUAACUUCAUAAUUCUACAAGCCUUAAUUGGUUCAAUGGCAUGUUAUAUACUUCCAUGUGUAACAAAUCUACCAAUUUGGAACACAAAAGGGAUUAUCAUUGCUACUUUGCUUCACGUGUUGAUAUCAGAGCCUGUUUACUAUUGGGUACAUAGAUGGUUCCUCCAUGGAAACUAUUUCUUCACCAAUUAUCAUUCAUUUCACCACUCUUCAUCAGUUAUCCAACCCACAACUGCCGGGAGUGCUACAUUUCUGGAACACCUCUUUUUGAGUGCGGUGAUAGCUAUUCCUUUGAUUGGAACUUGCCUAGCUGGGUUUGGAUCAUUGGGCAUGAUCUAUGGUUAUCUUAUGAUCUUUGAUUUUCUUAGAGGUUUGGGUCAUUGCAACUUCGAGUUCUUGCCCCAUCAACUCUUUCAAGCAUUCCCUUUCUUUAGAUACAUAGUCUACACCCCGACGUAUCAUAGUUUACACCAUACAGAUAUGGGAACAAAUUACUGUUUAUUCAUGCCCCUCUUUGAUGCAUUGGGAAAUACACUCAACAGUAAAUCCUGGGAUCUACACAGGAAGAUAAGCAUGGAUGCAGGGAUUAACAAAGUGGUACCAGAUUUUGUAUUCCUUGCCCACGCUGUGGACUUAUCGACUUCAAUUCACCAGCCUUACAUUUUUCGAUCAUGCGCAUCGGUUCCAUACAAGUUCGCGUUAUACCAGAUUCCAUACCUUCCGGUGGCUUUUGUGGCGAUGCUUUUAAUGUGGGCUAAGUCUAAAACUUACCUCUCGGCUUUCUACAACCUUAGAGGUCGCCUCCACCAAAUGUGGGUUGUCCCGCGAUACGGUUUUCAGUAUUUCUUGCCAUUUGCAUUGGAUGGAAUAAAUAAACAAAUUGAAAAUGCUAUUCUUAGAGCUGACAAAAUGGGUGUCAAAGUCAUUAGCCUUGCUGCAUUGAAUAAGAAUGAAGCUCUAAAUGGAGGUGGAACAUUAUUUGUGAACAAACAUCCUAACCUAAGGGUUCGUGUGGUCCAUGGUAACACUUUGACUGCAGCCGUGAUCAUCAACGAGCUUCCUAAAGGUGUCGAGGAAGUUUUCCUCACCGGAGCAACUUCAAAGCUUGGAAGAGCCAUAGCUCUUUAUCUUUGCAGACGGAAAGUCAGAGUUCUGAUGCUAACAUUAUCAACCGAGAGAUUUCAAAAAAUACAAAAGGAGGCACCAGUAGAGUACCAGAAGUACAUAGUUCAAGUGACAAAAUACCAAGCAGCCAAAAACUGCAAGACGUGGAUAGUUGGGAAAUGGAUAACUCCGAGAGAACAGAGUUGGGCUCCGUCUGGAGCCCAUUUCCAUCAAUUCGUUGUCCCACCAAUCUUGCACUUCAGAAGAGACUGCACCUAUGGCGAUCUUGCCGCCAUAAGACUCCCCGAGGAUGUUGAAGGCCUUGGUUACUGCGAGUACAAAUUGGACAGGGGAGUGGUUCAUGCAUGCCAUGCAGGUGGGGUGGUACAUUUCUUGGAAGGGUGGACUCACAAUGAAGUGGGGGCAAUUGAUGUAGAUCGAAUCGACGUGGUUUGGGAGGCUGCCAUGAAGCAUGGACUCAAGCCAGUGUCGAGUUUGCCUAAUAAGCAUUAGCGAUGAUCCUCCAUCAUUCAAGAACAUUAAUGCCUUUGGACAAAAAUCCUUAUUAGUUAUAUUAUUAUUGUUUGAUACAUUACUAGUUGCCUAUAUUCUAAUCCAAAGUUGUUUAAGUCCAAUGAAUUGUCAUGUGAUAAGCAAUGCCGACUAUAUUUAUCAAUGAAAUGUGAAAUAUUUCAUCCGGA